UGUGUGAGAAAUUAGAAAACAGGAGAAGAACUCGAGCAGUUUGAGUAGGUCUUAUAGGCUCUCCCUAGCUGCGAGUAACUGGGUUACGUAGGCAAGAAGCUGUACACAACUUCAGCACCAGCAGAAAGCGCUGAUCAAAAAGGACAGGGAAAAGGACAGCAAGUUCUCAUUGAGUGGAGCAGAAAGCAUCUCUCUGCCUUCUUAGUGUGGCACAACCUCCUGUUAGUAUCCAGGAUGGACUGCUGUAAUGAAGGGUCUUGCACUAAGCUUGAUGAAGACAUCUUGGACAUUCCACUGGAUGACCCUGAUGCCAAUGCAGCAGCUGCCAAGAUCCAAGCCAGUUUCCGUGGGCAUAUGACCAGGAAGAAGAUUAAAGGAGGUGAAAUAGAACGCAAAAGCAAGGAUCCGGAGGCCACAAGCAGCAAUCGUGCAGGGGACCUACGUAAUGGAGACUAAGUAUGUCCAGCAACAAAGAAGAAAUGGAUGGAGAAGCAGCAUCCAGAUAGAUUUCUAGCUGGUCCUCUGAACAACAACCUUCUACUUCCAGAAGAACAAUCACCAUCUCAUGAUGUCCCAUGGAGUCUGAUCAUAGAUGAGACACAAUGUUUCCCCCCCCUUAAUUGUCCUUUUCAGAACUGCAACUUCCUCUAUUCCUUCUCUUCAAGAUACCAUUGUUAUCAUUCUCUGCUUUUUCUUGUUGUAUAGAUCCUGCAUUCCUUCCUGGCAUUCACUCUGUGCUCCCCAUCCUUUGCACAUUUUGGUUUUCUUCCAUUCCCAGAUUUUUUAAAAAAUUAAACAUGUACUUCCCUCCCAUGCAUCUGUACAAUAAUGAAGAAAAAUAUGCAUCACUUGUAUGCAUCUAUUGCCUGUUACAACUCCUAUGACCCUUCAUGUUCACUUCAAUAUAUUAUGUCCAGCAUCCCAACAAUGCUUCUGGUAUUUACUGCCAAGCCCUAAAUUAUCAACUAGGAGGAAAAUGCUGUGUUUUGUAAGCUCAGGCUUUUCUCUCCCCUAUUACUGACAGCAGAAUCUGGUGACAGAUGAUAAAAGUAAAGCAUGGAAACCAUACUUUUUAGACUACGUCAUAGAAUCAGCCAGCUAAGCAUGCCCACUGGCAAUGCUGUUCAACUAUAGUUGUUUUGGGGGACUGUGUGCACCCUGGUUCCCAAAUGGAUCAAUUCUGAAAGUUAUACUCCAAAAAAGUCAUGAUUCCAAGUUAUGGUUUCAAGUAAUAUAACCAAACAUUGUAUUUUGCCCCAGUAUCAUCUGUGGCUAAAUUGGACAGACACAAAACUCUGAGAAUGGUAAGAGAAGUAUAUCUGUGAUCUUUUGGGCACUACUACUGACCAACAGGCUAUGGCUGGU